AUGUCGAAGGAAGCAGGAUAUAACUUACAAAAGCUAACCAAUGUCACAGAUAACCUAUUUAUACAAUAUGUACGUGUAGCAUACUUAACUCUUCUUCCAAAUCAGCUUCAAGAAUAUUUUCAAAUAUUAAUAUCGCAUUUUUCUCAUCGUUUGCACACAGAUGCAGGAAAUGAAAUCAUUUCAGGACUUUGUCGUGUAAUGAAUUUAGAAAAAGCCGGUGAAAUUUUCGAACAAAAUGGUUUUAUAAGACAACUUCCAUUCAAACAAAAGCAAUAUACAACACAACUUCUCGAUUUUCUCUUUUUCUUAGUAAAUAAAGCUCCGAAUUGUUUUGAUGACAAAGCAGCAGCUCAAAUUGCACUUCUUGUUGAACAAGAGCCUAGAAAAUGCUUAACUCUUCUUGCAUUUUAUGCUCAGCAGUACGAUAAAAUCCGCGAUCCAAUGCCAUUCCUCGAUAUUUUAUUUCAUGAAUCGAAAAACUUCAGAUCUUCUGACUGUAUAGCCGAUUACAUAUCAUUACUUAUCUGGCUAUUACGGCAAUACCCCAGAUUUGCCGAAGAAAGGCUCGAACAUUGCUGGUCGUAUCUUUUAGAUAUGCUCACAAUUACAACAGCCAGCCACAUCUGCAUGAUAUACAAUGGCCUAUGCGCUGUAUACGAAAUCAAUCCAGAAAAGGUCAAAAAAUUCGGAAUUCCGUCCGAAGCAAUUGCUUGCCACGUACAACACAGAUCCACACAACAAGCAACUUUAUCUUUACUUAUACGAUACCCGCCACCACCAGACGCUAAGUACAUCGAACAGAUUAUCUUAAUUUUGACAGAAAUUGCAACUUACGACGAAAAAGCUACCUUACUUUUACUAGAAUUAGCCAUGGAAGAGUCCAAUUGCAAGAUUCUUGUCAACAACUCAGAAUGGAUGUGCAGAUCACUCCCAAGAACCCUAGAUACACUAAGAUUGUUCGGCGUGGUCAUUCUCCAUGAAAGUUUGAGACCGGCUAUCGUUGAAUGUCCAAAUACAAUUGCAUUUUUCAUGUCACUUUUACAGGUAAAUUCUGUUGGUGUUUGCAAUGCUGUUUGUACUAUUAUGAAGCGUCUUCCGUUAACAGUAGAGUUCGUAUUCAGUUUGAGUUCAUCAGGUUUCCUCGCGGGAUAUUUCGGAGAAGCGAGAGAAAUCAGUGAAAAAAAGUCAGUUGAAUCAUCCGCACAAAUGUCAGUUCAACUUUCUGCUUUGAGAUUGUUAGAUACAUUGGCAAGAGUCAGGUUCGUUCAGGAGUUCAUGGACAUGAUACCUUUGGUCGUUGACUUGUGUAGGACAGGAAAAGAACUUGCUCUUCCUGCUUCGGCUGUAGCAGUAAGAUUGGUCAGAUAUCCGAAAUGCGCGAAAGAAAUGAAAGCAAGGAAAUUGGAUGAGUUUUACAAACAGCCAAUCGCAGAUCCAAGGGUGAAGAAGUAUGGAGAUAAGUUCUUGGCUGUUUUGAGCAAGAUAGAGUCACAAUUAUCUCAAUGA